CAAAGUCCGUAUAACUAGAGCCGGUGUGUCGUCGUGUACACACGUAGCUAGUUUCCUACAAAUACUGAGAUUAAAAUAAAAUUUGACCAGUAUUUACAUUUAUUGAAUUGAUUGAUCAGCUACAUCAUGAAGAAAGCACAAGGUGCUUGGGGGCUGCAGUGGCUCAUGCGGAUGGCGCCAGAGAAACAAGACACUUUGCUGAAGAUGGUGAUUCUUACUGUUGCAGCUAUUUUGUCCUUUUCAACCCGUCUGUUCUCUGUGCUGCGUUUUGAGAGUGUGAUCCAUGAGUUUGAUCCUUACUUCAACUACCGUACAACAAGAUUUCUAGCUGAUGAGGGUUUCUACAGUUUCCACAAUUGGUUUGAUGAUAGAGCUUGGUACCCAUUAGGGAGAAUCAUUGGAGGAACCAUCUACCCAGGUUUGAUGGUCACCUCUGCCCUUAUCUACCAUGUGAUGAACUUUUUCCAUCUCACCAUUGAUGUGAGAAACGUGUGUGUCUUUUUGGCACCAUUGUUCUCUAGCUUUACGACCAUUGUAACUUUCUACUUCACUAAAGAACUCAAGGAUGCAUCUGCUGGUCUGGUAGCUGCUGCCAUGUUGUCUAUUGUUCCUGGUUACAUCUCCCGUUCAGUAGCGGGCUCUUAUGAUAAUGAAGGCAUUGCUAUUUUCUGUAUGCUUCUAACCUAUGCACUUUGGAUAAAAUCAGUGAAGACUGGAUCAAUCUUUUGGGGUGCCCUUUGCUCCCUAGCUUACUUUUACAUGGUUUCAUCAUGGGGUGGUUAUGUGUUUCUAAUUAACUUGAUUCCACUUCAUGUCUUGAUGCUGAUGAUCACUGGCCGAUUUUCUCACCGCAUAUAUGUAGCCUACUCAACUGUAUACUGCCUUGGUACAAUUCUGUCAAUGCAAAUUUCUUUUGUUGGAUUCCAACCUGUUCAGUCCAGUGAACAUAUGGCUGCUUUGGGGGUAUUUGGUCUAUGCCAAAUCCAUGCAUUUGUGGACUAUCUUCGAUCCAAGAUGUCCCGUGAGCACUUCAACAUCCUCUUCAAGAGCCUUGUACUGUUGGUUGGAACAACUGUCUUUGCAGCUGCAGCAGUAGCCACUGCUUUAGGCAAGGUGGCACCAUGGACCGGUCGUUUCUACUCUCUUUUGGAUCCAUCCUAUGCUAAAAACAACAUUCCCAUCAUUGCAUCUGUCUCUGAGCAUCAGCCAACAACCUGGAGUUCAUUUUAUUUUGAUUUGCAGCUUCUGAUGUUCUUGUUCCCUGUUGGACUUUACUAUUGCUUUGUGAAGCUCACUGAUGCUAAUAUCUUUAUCAUCAUGUAUGGAGUCACCAGUAUCUACUUUGCUGGUGUCAUGGUGCGUUUGAUGCUUGUUCUUGCUCCUGUCAUGUGCAUCCUUGGAGGCAUUGGUAUGUCCGCUGUGCUCACAACAUACAUGAAAAAUUUGGACAACCCUAUGAGGAAGGAGAAAAAGUCUGUCAAAAAGAUAGAAUCCAACUAUCCUCUUAAAAAUGAAAUUGCCACCUGUGUUAUCUGCAUGAUGACAGUUUUCCUGCUUUAUUACACAUACCACUGUACCUGGGUAACAUCAGAAGCUUACUCUUCACCUUCUAUUGUUUUGUCGGCUCGCGGCGGUGAUGGUAGCAGGAUUAUUUUCGAUGAUUUCAGAGAGGCUUAUUACUGGUUGAGACACAAUACCCCUGAGGAUGCUAAAGUUAUGUCCUGGUGGGAUUAUGGUUAUCAGAUAACAGCUAUGGCAAACAGGACAAUAUUAGUUGAUAAUAAUACUUGGAAUAAUACACAUAUUUCUCGAGUUGGUCAGGCUAUGGCUUCUUCGGAAGAAAAAGCAUAUGAAAUUAUGAGAGAGUUAGAUGUUAAUUAUGUUCUUGUUAUAUUUGGAGGCCUUACUGGUUAUUCUUCAGAUGAUAUCAACAAAUUUCUGUGGAUGGUUCGUAUUGGUGGCAGCACUGAUAGAGGCAGCCAUAUAAAGGAGUGGGACUAUUACACACCCCAGGGAGAAUUUAGAGUGGACAAAGAAGGUUCACCAGUCCUCCUCAACUGCCUUAUGUAUAAGAUGUGUUACUACAGAUUUGGCUCAGUUUACACUGAGGGUGGGAAACCUACAGGGUAUGACAGAGUUCGUAACACAGAGAUCGGCAAUAAAGAUUUUGAGUUGGAUGUUCUUGAAGAGGCAUACACAACUGAGCACUGGCUUGUUAGAAUUUAUAAAGUUAAGGAUUUAGAAAAUAGAGGAAUUUAAAAAUCUUCAGCACAAAAAAACUCUCAUAAGAAUAUAAUUAACAUGCAUCUAACAUUAGUUAUUGUAUCGUGUUCAUGCUAAAAUCAUUGUCUGCUGAUUUCAUAAUCAUAAUGGUUUACAUAUAUUUACUUAUUGCUGCUGAAUGAUUGAAUACAGUCGUUGAUAAAUAGUUUACACAUUUCUUACUAAGAAAAAGAAACAUCGUAUUUAGGGUAAAUAAAAGAAUUGCUGCUUAAAUAUUUUAACAUUAAGUGUGUGUCUAUUAUAUGGUGAUUGGUGUGAUAUGUAAAUUUUUAAAGUCUUUAUAAGUGUAAACAUUAAAGAUCAUUUUAUUUUAAUCUUAAACUUAAAGAAAGAUUUGUUGAGGAAUGUUUAUUGUGUUUCUUGCUGUUUUUCCUAUAGCCUCAUGUUAAUUAAACAAUGUAAUAUGUUA